GUUAUGACGAUGACGCUGUAGCCGGAGAAAACGGAGAAAACGACGACGGAACGCGCGCGCAGAGUGUAAACAUUGAGGGAGCUGUUCGGUUGGAAAAGUGCGAGAUUCGUCCAAGUGGAUGGUGGUUGUGGUGAUUGCAUUAUUUCACAGAGCAACGACGACGGAUGCAUUUUCACAGCCUAUUGUAAAGUGGCUGCCGCUGGCGGCUCGUUAAGCUGACCGACCUCGUGAGUAGAAGAGCGCUAGUGUGAUAAAUAGUGGCACAUUGUGAUCUCGCGCGGUUUCUGGUGGGCAUUCUAUAUGUAUUAUCUAUCGCCCCAUUUGGUGGCGGAUAAGGGAUGAAACGAUGGAAAACGACUUCGCUGAUAUCAUGGCCAUCGGCCGACGACUACAGUUGGGCUCCAACUGGCAUCGCGUCGGGUGGCAGUAGCUGCACCUUGCCUUAGUGGAACGUCCACCGUCGUUAGCGGAUGCUGGAAAACACUAUUCCGGGUGGACAACACGACCAGUGCGCGGGUGGGCAAACGCCAUUCGGAUCGUUCGGAUUCGUCUAUUUUUAACCCGCGAUCUUCGUCAGAUCAGAGAUACUGGGGAGAAAAGUGCACCUCUAGAGGAAAGAUCACGUUUUAGUGCGUGCGAUCCCAGCACAGUUUAUGCUCGGAGCUACAUACAAAGUGCGCGUGUUUUGGCGAUCGCCAGCGGUGUGAAUUCUCUUCCCGCAACUAUUUCUGUAAACAAUCGGGAGCUGCGUUCGGGAACUCGGAUCAAGUGUGAUUUCCAUAGUGUACAGGGAGUGGGCCAAAUCCAUUCAGAUUUUGCCUGGAAGUGAACCGUGAAAGACGCAACCUCGUGCAACCGAAUACGUGAAUUGUGACGACGCGCAACCUGUGGAUCAAAGUGAAAAGAAAAACGCAGGAAACGUACCUACAUACCCAAAAGAAGUGCUUUUCCGCUCUGUUUUGUUCAAGUGCGUGUGAGUGUGUGCGUUUUAUUUUUUUGUGUAACGACAAACUGGAAAAAGGAAAAACACAAAGGACCAACGGAAGUGGGGAGAGCUACGACUACCACCUACAAUUUUACCUUGCUAAGUGGAUGAGGAGUGCAGCUGAAAGAAAACACUGCCACCACUCGCCGUCGUCGAUAGGUUCGCCGCACGAACUUCGCACUCAGCCUCGGUGAGCACGGUAUGAUACGUUGCCCAUACCUUUAUGAGAUGCAUGAACGUUUACUGGGACCAACACCGCGCCGACCAAUCCAGAUAGCCAAUCUGCCACCGUUGGCCAAGCCGGAAAAUACGAACAUCAUGGACCGCGAGAGCGACUGCCUGCUCGAGAGCCGGCCCGAAAGCCGACAAAUCGGAACGAUGGUUAAGCUAAACCCCGAUGGAUUCGGUUCACACACCACCCCGACACAUCACAAAUCACCGCUAGUGCCUUGCAAUGGAACCGACGACGACGACGAUGACCAUUGCGACGAAGAAGACGCCGUCGGACUCAGCGUUACCGACUCCGACGACGACGGAAUCUACCUGCGGAGGCACAUCCGAAAGAUCAUCGAGGGACGAAAGCCAAAGAAUGCCAACUCCUUAUGGAUGCCCUAUUGGCAGCCGAUCGGUGCCAAGCGGGAGAAAAAGCGUCGUCUAAGGACGUCCCUCUUCAUCGUAACUAGUCUAGUCUAUGCCAUGCUACUGAUAGUGGUCUGCGUCGCGUACGUAAUCAGCGACGUGACGACCCACCGACUACCCGUAAUCUACUACGAAGGAUUCUUCACCUACCUGUACGGGGCGAGUAUCCUGUUCCUGUUGUAUGUGUUCUGUUUCCUGCUGCAAGAGAGCUCUUGCUGCAACUCGAAACCAAAACCACCGAAAGAAAAGAAACCAAAGAAGGAGAAAAAGCCAAAGAAGGGCGAUCCGGAGGCGGGCGGAAAGGAUGCCUCCGGUAAGGACGGGGCCAAAGACGCCGGAAAGGACUCCGGCAAGGACAGCGGCAAAGGAAAGGAGGAGAAGUCCGGCAAGGGAUCGCAACAGUCGGCGAAACCCAGCCCCUAUCAGGAAGUAUACCCGAAGAAGAAACGGGAUCUGGUGCGGGCCUCACAGCAGCCAUCGGCGGCGCCCGGUGGUAGUAGUAACGCUAGUCCUAGUAGUAGAAGUGGCCAGCAUCAGAAACAUCGAACUGCAGGUCCACCGCACCAGGAGCCAACACCGGAUCCGGAAGUUGCCCUUUCACCCCGAUGCAAACGGAAGACCACUCAAGACCCGGCCCAUGGAAGCUUCUUCCUUCGUGUUGGUGCCAUCGCAUUCGGAUUGGGCACCAUGAUCUACACCGGACUUGAGUUUGGGUCGUUCUUCGAGAUACCGUUCACCUCACCGUGUCAUCAGAUACUUCGUGGAGUCAACCCCCUGCUGCAGAUGAUCUUCACCUUCAUGCAGAUGUACUUCAUUUUUAUGAAUGCUCGGCUCAACAUCCACCGCUUCAAAGUACUGGCCCGCUUCGGCCUGAUGCACAUCGUGGCUACGAACGUAUGCGUCUGGAUCCGUACCCUGGUGCUGGAAUCGCUAAAAGAGAUCACUGCCUACCACCAACGUCGCGGUCCGGAACCAGAAGACAACGCCAUCCUGGAGAACAUCCGCCAGCAUACCCUGAAGAACGCCGGAAUGGUCAUGGGGACCGAACUGGGGCCACGUGAGGACACCGAGUGGGAACCUAUCAGCGUGAAUCUGAACGCCCACGAGGACCUCUCUCAGGAGAGCAGCGUCCUAUCCAAAAUGGUACAGAACACCGCCAAAACCCUGGUGGAGGCAUUUACCACGGCCCGUGCAAUGACCACAUCUUCCUCGUCUACAACCUCCAUCAGUACUACCACCACUACGACCACCGCGGAACCCGUCACAUCCACCAUAUCAACAACCGCGGCGAACCUGUUCGAACGUCUGCGCGACAUCGUAGUAACUGAAAGUUCGACCAGCUCUUCAACAGCAGAGACGGCCGAUUUCGACUCGUUCACCACCCCCUCGACAACGACCUCAACCGAAGGGCCCGCCUUCCUCGAUCACUUCGUCGAUCACGUCGACUACAUGCAGCGGAACAACAGCCUCGAACAGACGUACGAAUCGUUGGAGAACCUGUUCCCGCAGGCGUUCGUGGCCGCUUCGACGGCCGUAUCCGCCAGCAACGGGACCGCCGUGAGCUGCGGUCGCGUCAACAUCAUGGGAACCAUCGUGCAGGACUCGGCCCCCUAUCUGUAUCCGUUCAUCAUCGAGUACUCGCUGAUCGGUGCUGCCGUGAUCUACGUCAUGUGGAAGCACAUUGGACGCUACCCGAAGUUCACCAACGAAGAGGAUCUGGAGCACCGAUUGGAGGUUAUGUUGUCGCGCCGUGCCGUCGUGAUGGCCCAGCAGGCUCGUACCGGACGGGUGGAUUGCGUGGGUGCAUCGAAGGGACUGUUCUUUGGACUGCUGUUGCUGGUUGGAUCGUUGAUUUGUCUGAUUUUGUUCUUCGUGCUGGUCAGACAUCCGCAGCUUUCGCUGCUCGCGAUCUACCUGGGCGACGCUUCGCACUGUAUUCUGAUGGUUCUGGCCGUUUUCGCUAUCAUCAUUGGAUUCAUUCGCGUCCAGAACCUGAAAUUCCGCUGCGAGGAGCAGAGCAACCUGAACGACAUCCUGCUACGUAUCUCCGCCUUCGGUUUGUUCAUCUACGCCACCUUCAGCGUAAUUGCCGGCUCGCUCAACUUCCUGGACAGUGAACCCAACCUGCUCGUAAUGGUCACCGGCAUCGUUGCCAUCCUGCAGGUCGUCCUGCAGCUGCUGUUCAUCGCGGAUGUUUCGCGCCGUCGCGUCCACCUGCCGGAGCACGAUCGCGUCAAACCGGGCCGUCAGAUUGUCACAUUCCUGCUGAUUUGCAACGUUUCCAUGUUCGCCAUCUACACCUUCGAGGCGCAGAAGGUCUUCGCCAAUCCGGUUCAAUUGGACUUCUACGGUUUCAUCGCUUGGUCGUUGAUCCAGCGCGUCACCCUGCCGCUGUGCAUCUUCCAUCGAUUCCACAGUGCCGUCACGCUAGCCGAAGUCUGGAAGACGACGUACAAGGCCCGACUGGAGUAAGCCGACAGGCCGAAGUAGGCGAAGCAUGGCGAGAAAACGCACAGCUCUAUCGCAUCGUAGCAAGUCGUGGAGAGAUCGCGGCGGCGACGACGGGCACUCACUCAUAAACACACACACACACUCUCUCUCUUCCUCUCUCAUAACACAUACUAGAAGUAACGGAAACGAAAUCACCCGAGCGCGAAAGCACCCGAAUGAGUUGACGACAACGGUAGGAAGGAGUUGGUAUCUCUUUAGUUGGCAAUGUGUGUACAAGAGUGAGUGCUGCUUUGUGUUUUUAGAGUGGAGUUUUGUGACGGGAGAACGACGAUUUUUUCGCUAGGUUUUGUUUGAUCAUAGUGAUUCAAAGUGGUUCGUGUAACUUAUUAAGUUCGUUUGGUUUGCUAAAGCUAGUGAACAUAUUUGUGCGUUUAUUGAAAGUGUAUAUGAGUCAAGUAUUUAUUUAUCGUGUAAUAAUUCUGUAAACAAAACAGAUGAAUGUAAGUUUUUCCAAUGAGUUCUUAAACGAAAACAGAAAACUAGUAAAGAAGUGAGACCCCUUCAGCUGCUCGCAAGAGAAAAUAGAUACAAGUUUGAGCCAUACUUUCAUCAAGUUGUAAUAGAGUGUAUCGUAAACAUACCAAUUUAAACAAAACACAAACACGUAAAAUCCCUUUAGAAGAAAUCGUAUAUUGGUAGUUAUAAAAUUUGAAAAUUUUACUCAGAAUAUAAACAGCAUACACACAUUUUCACUCAUUACAGAAGAGUAAGAAUUAUUAAAAAAGCGAAAAGGAAAACAAACCGUAAAAAAAUCUUAGCAGUUCAGAUCCCCCAGUCGGAUAGGCAUCCAUCAAAAGGGCGAUCCGACCGGGAUCUUGUUCAAAUCUAUGUGUAGUUGUUAGAUUAGUAACAUGUCACAUAUUUAUACCGGAGCAGAGCAAAUCCACAUGGAGACCGAGCAAGAAAGCUGGAAAUUUCUAGGAGAAGUUUGGCGAACGGGACAGAAACAAAUGCAAGACAUUAAAAGGCAACGACAAAGUAAUACGGCGUAGCGGAAAUCAUUCGUUUUUAUUAAUCAGUGAGGAUCGUAAGAAAAAUUUGCCCACCAUAUUUACAAAACAAAGUAUUGACAUUGACGAGAAACGAUCAAUUAAAUUGUUGACAAUGUAACCACACAGGAACUGUCAUGCAUUUCGGUUUGCUCAUUUGUAAAUAUUUCCCUCCGUUUUCAGUCCAAAUCGCAGUGCAAUUGUGUUUCAUUUAUCGUAAGUUAGUAUAUAAUCUGUAAGCAAAUUGUUGACACACGUCAAACCGAUCCGACGGCAAACGUCACUCACGAUCUUUUAUUAUCGCGAAGGAAAACAUUUAUUCGACCUAUAUAGAACACUCACACAUACUAACACUCACUUACUUAUCGAGGACCAGAGUCUCGUUUUUGGGAUACUUUUUUCUUUAUUGGAAACUCGUUGAUUUUUCGAUGCUAGUCUUAGAAACCGGUGAAAUUUUUGUAUUUGAAAACAAAAAAAAUCUGAUAUAAGAGUAAUAAAGAAAGAAAUAAACUUUUUAAAAACUAACAUUUAGAACUGAAAUCGAACGGCCAAACUGAACCUGUCGAAGGUAUACCUAGACGAAUACCAUUCCAUCAGCUCAAAACCAGUAGAAAAUUGAACGCAACUCAAAAUUCAAUGUUUAGAACGGCAAACAAGAAAAACUGAAGCCCUCAUACACAUCCACGAGCGUGCGUGUGUUUGUAGAACAAUCUGUGCAUCCAAAUUCCAAGCUCAGUAACGAUCAAGUAUAACUUACACUUAGAAAACAUUUAGCGACCGGACCGAAUCUGCUCGCACCGAAAAGGAACCGGGAACGUUUACACAACACUGCCGAAUUUUAAGAACAAACUCUCACUCACACAACCGAAAUCCAAACAACACCCAGUAACCCACUCACACAAACAUAAGCACGCGACAAAACAGAUUCGAAUGCAAGCAGUGCAACCAGGUGUGUGAAAUCUCAUAAACGGCAAACAAAUAAUCAAAAUUCAUAAUCCCUUGCAAGUACCAUUUGGAAACCAAACUAAUCGAUACCGGUGUUUAAACGUGAAAUGUCUAACUACACGGAACGGAUUGCAACUGUUCUGACAGGUAAACGAUAAGAAAACGAUAAGAACGACGGAAACUCGGCUAGCUUGGAGCGAAACAAUUCAAAACAAACAUAUAGGUUUUUCUACUGUUUUUGAUCGAAAAUUGUGAAAUUCUAUUUUUGUAUUCUUGUUCGCAAAUUGGACCUUUUCGAAUGUAGGCAGGGCAAAAGCGAAUCGAUAUAGCGCAAGCGGUGUUGAAUUUUUCGAUAGUCGAUACGUUGUUUUCGGUAUAACUUACACACGUAAUUCAAAUGGUACAAUAAAACACACACAGAUACGAAUGUAACGAUUCAUAGGUUGUUUUUUUUUCUACACAUACCAAAACAGAAGAGUACGAAGUUGUGUUCGAUUGUUCCGUUUUGAAUUGGAGAUCCGAAGAAAACACUGGCAUCCUCUAUCUCUCACGCAUACACAAAUACAUACAGGCCACACCCUUAAACAAGAAACCAAAACAGAACAGAAGAGAAAAGAGCGAUAGUCAGCAGCACUAGUCUAAUAGUCGAAAGCGCGAAAGUCGAAAUAAAAGAAAAGAGCGGCAGUAGAAAAGAACUCGAUUUGAAAUCGUAUCAGAUCAGAAUAGAGCAGAACAGAACCGAAAGAGAAAAAAAUGCAUAAACCUAUUUGUAAUGAACUUAUUCUGAAAUACAACAAGAAAUGAAAAACCAAUGAUAUGUCUCAAUUUGAUUGUACAAAAAUAAAAUCAAGCAAACCGGCGAAGCGAAGCAAACGAGAAGUAUGCAGCUGAUGCAGGA